AUGAAUCCAGCAGCUAUGAGAUGGGAAAUUUGGACUCAAGAUGUCAAAAAACCGCUAAAGCUUGUAGAAAGAAGUCCUAGUGAUCGCCGUCCUCGUUCUCAACAAACUGCACAAACUGCACAACAAACUCCUCAACAAUCAUCGCAACAAAUAAAUAAUAACGCCAACAAUGUAGGUUCGUUCACACCGAACGAGCCUAGGCUUUUGCAUCGUUCUUCCAAGAUGGAAAUUACAUUUAUUUUAAAUGAUGUUUAA